AUGGUUGCUUUGACUCAACCAUAUCUGGAUGCACUCUGCAUGGAAUGCAUGGCUGCAUGCAGGAAUCUCAACAACCCUGUCACCCUCCUCAAAGUCUCCAGGGCAGAUAAUGCACUCUGUGGUGAUGAAUCCAGCACCGGCAUCAACAUGGAAAGGAUCCAAGGACGGGACAAGAGCUUGGGACCAGUCCCAGAGUUAGGCAUAUAUGAGGCACAUAUUCCUACUGUAGCUGCUCUUGAUUCUUCUGUAGCUGCUCCUAAUCCUCCUAUAGUUGCUCCUGAUUCUCCUAUAGACUUCUCCGUCCAACCACCAGAUACCUUUGAUCCCUUUUCUAGUUCACCCUUCAAUGAACAGGUGGAAGAUGCACAGGUGAUAUUCCUAUGGAUUACAAUUGAUCAUAUUGAUAAUAGUGAUGAAGAUCAUUCUUAUGAUGUGGAAAACGAUGAAUAUGAUGAUGAGGAAUUAUAUGAUCUUGCUGUUGCUAGAUGUCAUACCCACACGCAGAUUCUGAGCCAUUUUUGCUUAUUGGUUGUCAUUUGCACUGUUCUAAAUUUGCAGAGGUUUUUGCAAAGCUUUUUGGGGUUUCUGGUUAUGGACUGCGCUUCCUGUUUGACGUUUCUGAGUCAGGGAAAUGGUUUUGGUUGUGGGUUUUUUGUGUUUGGGUAUUUCUCACAUGUUUUCAAUUUUUUGGGGUUUUUCUUUAUAUUUGGUUUGUGUUUGAAGGUUUUACAAUUUGGUUGGCAUAGUAAGGGUUUGAUGCAAUUUUUGUGUGAAUUCAGAGGGAAAUCAAGUGGUUUUAGAAAUGGGGUUCCUCUAAAAAAUGGUGCGGGUGAAGAAUCUGAUUCAAAGAUUAUGCCUUGUGAGCGUGAAUCAUUGAAGUUGUUGGAGGAUUCAAAGUCACAGAAACAGUUUGUGAAUUCAAAUGGUGAUGCUUUGGAAGAGAAUGAUGAAGACAAAAAAGAAUGCCAUGGUGAAGAUGAAGAAUGUGAUGUAAUGGCAUUGAGAAAAUUGGUGAAGAUAGAAAGGCAGCGAGCAAAUGGCUCUUAUGCAGAGCUUGAGAAGGAAAGAAUGGCGGCUGCAUCGGCAGCAGAGGAGGCAAUGGCCAUGAUUUUGCGGCUUCAAAGAGAGAAAAGCUCAAUAGAAAUUCAAGCCAAUCAAUACCGCAGAUUGGCUGAGCAGAAGCAGCAAUAUGACCAAGAAGUGAUACAAUCUUUGCGAUGGAUUGUGAUGAAACACGAGUCUAAUAGGAGUUUGUUGGAAGAUCAAUUGAGGUUUUGUAGGCAAAAGUUGAAGCUUUGUACUAUGAAGGGAAAUGAAGUGGAUCAUGGACCUGAAGGAGUUGAUGCAAGUAUGAGAUUUUUGAAUUCCAGUACAGAACAUGGUUUUGAUGAUGUAUUAAUUAGUUCUCUUGACAUGGAUUCCUCAAUGUUGUAAGUUUAUUGAGCAUAUCUUGAAUAAUACGUUGAUGUAGCCUUUCUUCCAAUAUAUUUUUGUUUAUAAAUGUAAAUUUAGCCUUCUUUUUGUUUU